AUGACGUCAUUGAAUGAUAAAUCAAGGACAUCUAAAAACAAGUUUGUUCAUCGGAAUCAAUCACUCUCUGUAUUUAUGCAAUCAGCCAUGGGCAUUCGGAAUGAAUUAUUCAAUACUGAAUAUAAAUUACAGGCGUACAUGAUUUAUCUAUUACGAAAACAAGAAUCAUGGAAAAAUCAAUAUUCAUCCGUCGUUGUAUCGUCGAAAUCAUUCAACUCACCAACAACGAUAGAAGAGGAUAUGAAUGAAAUGUAUUGUGAUGAAAUUGAUAAACAAUUGAGACAAGCUAUGAGUCAUUUGCAAGUACUUAAAUCUUUAAUUGAUCAAGUGAAAUAUAAUCCAACCCAAGAAUUACAUCAAAUUCAACAUUAUAAAUCAGUGAUUGGAAUUUUGAAUCAAUGGAGCGAACAACUGAAAAGCAAAAUUGAAUUUACUCAGAAUAAUUUAUCCAUGUUAAUUGCAAAGAAUCAAAAACAACAGCUAUUGAACACAAACACUCUCUUCAAUGAAAGCUCUGAAUCUUCAGAGAACCAAAUACUUUUUCAAAAUGAAGGAAACAUGAACAGAAAUACCAUGAUGAUGAACCUUUCACUUCAGCAGAUUGUUUCCACAGAUCUCCAAGACGCUCACGAUACUGAAAUUGCUGCUAUUCGAAUAAGUGAAAUGUUGACAGUCUUUGAAUCCAAGAUACAUGAGCAAAAUCAAAUGGUUGAACUUUUCCAUAGCAAUACAGAACAAGCCAUUCAAUUCAUGGAAGAUGCCACCUCUGAAUUAAGAAAAGCCUCUGGCAAAGACACAUCGUCACUUCCAUUCCCUUACAAUAUUCUACCCAGCUAUAUUCAUCACCUCAUCAAAUACUUUAUGUGUUAUCUUUUUGUUGUUCUGGGUUUGCUCUUGUUAAUGUAUGACAGAAUAAAAUUUUGA